UCAAAUACAACAUUGCUGCUCAAAUAUGGGCUGAUUAAGAUUAAAUAAUAUGUUGUGCUUCAUUGCUCAUCAAAUGAUAUGAGUGACUCUUUUGUAACAAUGUGACCCUAACCAUUCUGACCGAUUUAACACCUGAUACUGUUGACAUAAAGAUGGAUACAAAUAAUAAUAAAAAUGAUAGUGAUAGAGAAGAGCUAAAAUAGAUAAAGAAGAGCUGAUACAAGCAGUAUAAAGACACUUCACUACACAUGACAGCCCAGUAACUAACACUUUCCACGUGGGUCACUUCACCUGGUAAUUGUCUCUAGUUUUCAGAUCAAAGUUCCACUCCAAUUCUGACUUUAUAGAUAUGCUUGUAUAAGUGUGUUAAAACCUGUUCUCCACUCUCGGAGUUGACAUGGACUCUGUGUGGAGAAUCAUUUCCUUCAUAGUACUUCUCAUGCUCAAGGGGCAUGCCCUUCCAACUCAGUAUGGUGAGGAUGCAGAUGCAGGUGAAUUACGGGAGGACAUUCUUGAAAUCAAUUUAGAUUCCCAAAGAGAUUUGUUUGAAGGAGAUAUUGCUGGAGAUCCACGGAGAAAUGCAAUAUUAGAUGAAAAAGCAAGAUGGGAGUUUCCCAUUCCAUACAUCCUUACAGAUAGUUUGGAUCUUAAUGCAAAAGGAGUGAUUCUUCAAGCUUUGGAAAUGUAUCGUCUUAAGUCUUGUGUGGACUUUAAGCCCUAUGAAGGAGAGAGCACCUACAUUUCUUUCACAAAGCUGGAUGGAUGUUGGUCAUUUGUCGGAGACUUAAAGACGGGGCAGAAUGUCUCUAUAGGGGACAGAUGUGACACUAAGGCCAUUGUAGAACAUGAACUUCUUCAUGCACUGGGUUUUUACCAUGAGCAGUCACGUUCAGACAGGGAUGACUAUGUUCAUAUCUGGUGGGAUCAGAUCAUUCCAGGAAAGGAGCACAAUUUCAAUAAGUAUGAGGAUGAUUUUAUAACCGACUUAAACACGCCCUAUGAUUACGAGUCCAUCAUGCACUACAGGCCUCUGUCUUUCAACAAGGACCCUGAUGUUCCCACCAUAACCACCACCAUCCCUGCCUUCAAUAACAUAAUAGGACAGCGCUUAGACUUCAGUGUUCUUGAUCUGGAGAGGCUGAAUCGCAUGUAUGAAUGCAGUGCAUCCCUCACUCUUCUGGAUCAAUGUGCCUUUGAGCAGAUCAACAUUUGUGGAAUGAUUCAGAAUGAUGAGGAUGAUGAUGACUGGGUCCAGACUUCAAGCUCUACAGAUGUAAAGGACCACACACUUGGAGGGCAAUGCAGAGAUGCUGGCUAUUAUAUGAAGUUUGAUACUGCUAACAAAGCUGAGGGACACAGUGCUUUGCUGGAAUCACGGAUUCUUUACCCCAAGAGGAACCAGCAGUGCCUUGAGUUCUUCUACAGGAUGAGUGGAGACCCUGGUGACCAGCUUAUCAUUUGGGUCAGAAGAGAUGAUGGGGCCGGAAAUGUUCGCAAAGUCAGCAAAGUUUACACAUUCACGGGUGAUGGGGAGGAGUCAUGGAAAAUUGCACACGUCUCUCUAAAUGUUGAGGAAAAGUUCCGGUAUUUCUUCCAGGGUAUUGUUGGCUCCAACAAAACAUCAGGAGGGAUCUUUGUAGAUGACAUUACUCUGACUGAAACAUCAUGCCCAAAUGCUGUCUGGAGGAUCCAGAACUUCACCAAUCUCCUUAAAUCGGUCCCACAUGGUGAAAGAGUCCAGAGUUCCCGUUUUUACAACUCUGAGGGUUAUGCUUACGGAAUUAAUGUUUAUCCAAACGGCAGGAAAGGCUCAUCUGAAGACUUUGUUGGAAUCACAUUUCACCUCUUUUCUGGCGAGAAUGAUGCAGUUUUAGAAUGGCCUGCAGAGAAUCGGCAAGUCACUGUAUCGGUUAUGGACCAAAAUCCAGACACAACACUUCAAAUGUCUAACAGCAGAAGCUUCACCACUGAAUGGGAUGAAAGUUGCUUUUGCUACAGAGGUCCAGAGUUUGGCUGGGGCACAUUCAUCUCGCAUGAUCAGCUCCGCAGGAGAGACUUCCUCAAGAACGACGACCUGAUCAUCACUGUUAAUUUUGAUGAUUUGGCACAUCUUUUAAGAUCAGAAGUUCCAAUCAAAGCUGGCCUCUCAAGCGACCCUCAAUCUGUAGAAGAAAGCUAUGACAGACCAAAAGUCCGGCAGCCACGAGCGAUCAGUGACCCAUGUCAGCCAAACCCCUGCCAUAAUGGAGGUGUGUGUGUCCUACAUCGGGGGAAACCAACUUGUAGGUGUGUCUCUGGACAGGCCAUUGUGUACACAGGAGACACCUGUGAGAAACAGCACAUCGAUGGAGGAAUUCUGGGAGUUCUGAUCGGUGGUGCUGCAGGAACUAUAGCUCUUACUGCCGCCAUUAUAGCUGUGAUCUACAGGCAGAACUAAACCUAUGUCAUCAUAUUUGACAUCUGAAUAACACCACUCUUUGAUAAGCAAAGUAUUUUAUUGAUGAAUCAUCUUACAAUAAACAUCUUUAUUAACAAUC